CCGCCGGGACGCCGCUCCUACCUGCGGACCUGCGGACUGAAGCACCUGAGGAUCCUCUGAGCCGCCAUGGGGGUCUCCGCGUCCAGCCUGCUGGACGAAACCCGCUCCAGCUUCAUCAGGGGUCAGGCCCAGGCCGAGCUGAAGGCCUUCGGUCCGUACUACAGGAAACAGUUCUCGGUGGCCCGGUUCUGCCAGGUGGAGGACGAGCUGGAGCAGGACCAGCAGAAGAUCACGCAGCUGCUGCUGCAGAAGGGGCCCCCGGAGGAGGGCGUGGUCCUGUACGAGGAGGUGGUCCAGUACCUGGACGAGGCCCGGAAGUGGAGGGAGCGCUACGUGGUGGUCCGGGCCAACUACUGCCUGGAGCUGCACGACGGCCUGGAGUCGUUCCUGAAGGGAGUUCCCCCCCGACACAAGCUGCUGCCCACCGGGGGCCGAGUCCUGACGGAGGAGGAACCGUACAUGGCCCUGGUGGACAGGUGCUUCCCCGACGACGGAGGUCCGGUUCCAGGUCCGAAGGAGGACUUCCUGCCCCCCCUGGCCGGGAUGCCGGGCCAGUUCCCGGUCUACCUGCGUCUGCCGUACCGGAGAGACUCGUACUUCUGCUUCAGGCAGGAGGACAAGAGGGCUGGAUUCAUCUCCAUCCUGUCGGACUGCAUCCGGCACCAGAACCAGGACUUCCUGAAGAAGAAGAGCUGCGAGGUCCAGGCCUUCCUCCGAGCCAUCCGGCUGUUCCGGCAGGACAAGGGCCGCUACGAGGCCUGGGACAUGCUGAUAGGCAGCGACGUCCGGGUUCUGGCCAACCUGGUGAUGGAGACGCUGCUGCCGGGCCUGGAGUCGGACCUGCUGCCGCGGCUCAAGGCCAAGAAGACGGACCGGAAACGGGUCUGGUUCGCGACCAUGGAGGCCGCCUACGUCCUGGUCCAGGAGCAGCUGCUGGACGGGCUGGCGGUUCUGAAGGACGAGUGUCGGGAAACGGCCCGGCAGCACGAGGUUCUGAUCCACUCUGACAUGGACCAGAUCCUCCGGUCCAGACGGAUCCUGGAGGAGAACAUACGAGCCCGGGUGUCGUCCCCGGCCGAGCGGCUCCUCUCCGGGUCGGUCCAGCCCUACCUGGGCUCGGUUCUGGAGGAGCUGAUGGAGCCGGUCAGCUCCGGGUUCCUGGAGGCCCGGCAGCAGAGCCAGGACCUGAUGGACCGGGCCUGCCGGGACGUGGACCGGGACCAGGACACGCUGAAGCAGACUCUGGCGGGCCUGGCCAGACCGGACCUGCUGAGCUGCUACCAGAAGAUCGGCUCUCUGCAGGACCGGCUGCAGCACCUGGAGAACCGGUUCGGCUUCUCCGGCACCGCGGCGCUGGUGCACGGGGCCCAGAUCGACCUGCAGCAGCUGACGGACAACGCCGCCCACACCUUUGAGCUGCUGCUCUGCAAAGCCGUGCAGGACAAACCUGACGCCGCCGGCGCCGCCGCCGAGAAGGCCAAGACCCGGGUCCUGAAGCAAUACGACUACGACAGCAGCAGCGUGAGGAAGAGGAUCUUCCAGGACGCGCUGGUCUCCAUCACGCUGCCCUUCCUGAAGAAGAGCCUGGCACCGACCUGCGGAGCUGAGCUCCAGAGCCUGGAACAGACGAUCGACGGCGACCACAACGACUUCAUCCACGUGGAGAACGUUUACGAGAAAAUCCUGCUACAGAACCUGGACCAGGAGGUGACCCGAGUGGUGAAGGAAGCUGCCAGCCUGCAGAAGCACAACCUCAUCACGGACAGCAGAGACCUGAUCAGCCAGUCCAGCAGGUCCAGCCUCUCGUCCCCGCCGGCCUCCACGCCCGGCAGCCCCGACCUGGCCCUGGGGGCCUCCCCGGUGGCCCUGGGGGCCUCCUCGGUGGCUCUAGGGGCCUCCCCGUUGGCCCCGAUGGCCCCAUUAGGGCCCCCGCACCCCCCCGUGGCCAACGGCGUGUCCCCCGGCCCCCACAGGGAGGAAAACCUGCAGAGAGAAGCUUCAGCCGGCGUGACCUUGGCCUCGGAAAAACCUGAGGGAGACGAUGCUGGUCAGGGGGCGGAGCUACAUGUUGAUCAGGGGGCGGAGCUACCAGCUGGUCAGGGGGCGGAGUUACCAGCUGGUCCGGGGGCGGAGCUACCAGCCGGUCAGGGGGCGGAGCUACCAGCCGGUCAGGGGGCGGAGCUACCAGCCGGUCAGGGGGCGGAGCUACCAGCCGAUCAGGGGGCGGAGCUUCCAGCUGCAGAAGAGGAGGAGGUCCAGACUGUGGAGGCUGAAGACGACGGUGGACCUGAAGCUUCUCCUUCAUCAGAUGUUCAGGAUGAAGCAGCAGAUCCUGGGAGCCCGGUCCAGACGGGAGAACCUGAACCGGUCCCGCCUUCAGCAGGAAGUUUGAGUCCCGGGGAAACCGAGGUAACCGAGCCCCAGCCUGCUGCCAGCUCCGAGCCUCACAGCUCAGGCGCUGCAGCGGUGGCUCCCUCUGCUGGUGGAGAGCCAGAAGACGCCGGCCUCGUCCUGCAGGAGGAGGAGUCUGUUCCUCCAGCAGAACCAGGGUCUCCAGCAGAACUGGUUCCUCCAGCAGAACCAGGGUCUCCAGCAGAACUGGUUCCUCCAGCAGAACUGGUUCCUCCACCAGAACUGGUUCCUCCACCAGUACCGGGCUCUCCGGAACCGGGCUCUCCGGACGGGUCGGUGGGAGGCGAGGAGCCGCCGUCGGACCCGGAGUCCAGGGUCCAGGUCUUGUUGCCCGGCAACGUCUCCACAGGCGCAGAAGCCGCUGAGGAGCCUCAGCUGGAGGCCCGGGCCGGGGACGGUGGGGGGGCCGGGGACGGCCUGAGCCUGGAGGCGGCCCCAGCUACAGCGCCGCCCCCUCAGGAGGCCCCGCCCUCUCAGGAGGCCCCGCCCUCUCAGGAGGCCCCGCCCUCUCAGGAGGCCCCGCCCUCUCAGGAGGCCCCGCCCCCUCGUGACUCCGCCCCCCUGGACUCCAUCAGGGACAUCAGGGAGCUGGUGGUGGAGGUGAUGGAGGUGGAGGAGCCGGUGCAGCGCUACCCGGGGGGGAUGGGGGAGGAGCCGAGCAGUUUCCACGUGCCUUUAGUCGCCGUGACGGAGGAACCCGGCCUCCGUCACGUGGAUGCGGUUGCCACGGAGACGGGUCCAGGCUCCGGCCUCCGUCACGUGGAUGCGGUUGCCACGGAGACGGGUCCAGGCUCCGGCCUCCGUCACGUGGAUGCGGUUGCCACGGAGACGGGUCCAGGCUCCGGCCUCCGUCACGGGGAUGCGGUUGCCACGGAGACGGGUCCAGGGCGUUGCUGCUUCCCAGACCCGGUUCAGGUCUGA